UCUGUUAAAACUGUAAAGUUGUUUAAAUUGUAAUUUUUACAGUCAUUUACAGACAACAAAGUUAUAAAACUGGCUAUAACUUUACACAGAAAAGAUUAGUAUGCGAUUUUAUCACACUAAAAUCAUGCUAACACGCAUAUUGUUUACGUUUUGUGGCUUCACUUUUGAAACAGAGUAUUUUAAGGUUUACAGAUUGGCUCCAUUCACUUCCAUUGUAAGUGCCUCACUGGAACCCAGAUUUUUUUUUUUUUUGUUUGUUGUUUUUUUUGUUUUUAAGAAAAGGAGGUGCAAGUCAAAAUUGUUUUUUUGUGAUAAAUUAAUAUUAUGCCACAAAUGCUGUCGAUUGAGCUUAACUUGUAUUGAACCCGGAAUAUUCCUUUAACUCAUUUUUUAUAUCCGAUAAUGCGAAUGUUUGUAGUCCUCAAAGAUAUAUGGAAUAAACAGAAGCCAUUAAUUUUGAUAGAAGACAAUAAAAAGUUUCAGCUGUGUUUGUCAAUGCAUCUAAACGUGUUGGUAGAGUGUAAAGGUCUGUGGAGCUCAUUAAUAUUAAUUAGGUUGUGUACUACGUUGCUUCGCCAUCCUGGGCUUAUAGGCACGUGAUGUAAUUAAUAUUAAUUAGACAAUCCUUCGCCUACCGUUAAGAACAAAGUGGUUCAGUUACUAAGCAACGCGUUUUUAGAAACAUAUGAGCCUGCAGUGAGUACGGCGAGAGCAGAGACAGAAAUCCAACGAUAAACUUUAAAACAAUUCAUAUUCAUAAAAAUGUCCAGUACGUUUUUAUCAGAGGGCAUCAAGAGCCCUGUCCAUGAUCAAAUUUCGGCACUACAACGAAAAAUUCAGCUUCUGGAGGGAGACAGAAGCGCAUACUUUGAAAGCUCUCAGUCAGCCAUCAAGAAAAACAGAGGAACCAUCCUGCAGCUGAGACGAGAAAAUAAAAACUUGCACAAGAAACUGGCCGAGGCCCUUGCUGGAGAUGAACAAGUCAUCAGAGAGGCCUUCCAGAGCCAUGUGGUGGAGAAAGCAGCGUUUAGGAACAUGUCUGGGAAGGCAGCUUGUACGGUGAUGGAUCAGAAGGUGUGUGAUAAAAUGAAGAAGCUUAACGCUCUAAAACACACCACUCAGACACACAGGCGCCGUUUAGAGGACCUGAAGCUCCAGUACCAGACCAUGAAGCCCGAGAGAAGCAGCCCUGUGGCUGAUGCACAGAAACGAGAGGAGGAGAAGAGAGAAGGGGACUCCGCCGAUCAGCUUCCCCAAAAGAAGUUGCACAUGCUGGAAAACCGUUUGGAGAAAGCACAGCUGAAAUGUCAUGAAGCAGAGCACAUCAUGCGGGGAUACCUGAAACUGAAGGAGCACCUACAGGAAGAGAGUCUUACAUAUCAGUCUAAGCUGGACCAUCUGGAGGCAGAGAUCCACCAUCAGACCCAAGAGCUCAAAGACCUGCAGGUCAUGAACAGUGAUGCUCACCUGUCUAAGGAUGCUGCCAAGGCUGAGCUGCAGUUUCAGGAGGAGCAGGUGCUCAGAGAGCGCAGAGAGAGAGAAAAAAUUCUCUUCCGCUAUAAGAAGCAGGCAGAGGAGAGGAAGGCUCUGGCAGAGAGGAUGGAGAGAAGACCCCAGCGAGCGAGCAUGCACCCCGAUGAGCUGAGCACUGAGGCCCAGCGCAGUGCCACUGGAGUGGGGGAGGAAGAGGAAGCCAUAUCUGCUUUUGAGGAAGCUUUCCAGCGCAUCAAAGAGGCCACUGGAGUCACAGACACACAGGAAAUAGUGGACAGGUUUAUCUCUCAGGGAGAAACACAGACACAUCUGGAGAAGAUGAAGGCACAGAAUGAGAAAACUCUCCUUCAGCUGAAGGAUGAGAGAAAUAAUCUACAGACUCAGUUUCAGGAUAUGAAAUACUCAGGAGAAACUAAACUAUCAAGUGAACAGCAGAUGCUGCAGGAAUGUGAGCGUCACCUGCAGCAGGAGCAGCAGCAGCGUGAUGCAUAUAAAGAUCGUCUGGACUGGCUCACACGCACACUCGGAUCCGUCCGAGCAGGAGUGCAACAGCUCAGUGAUAAACUACAGCAUAUACCACUGAUGAAAGGUCCGGCGCCCCAACUUCCCCCAGAUCCAGGAGAACACGUGCUCCAGCUGCUGUCUGAGGCCACGCAGAAACUUAUCAGGCUAAAGGAGGAACUGCAGGGCAAAGAUCUGGUGACAAUCAUAAAGGAGAUGGAGGAUGAAGAGUUCCGUGCCAGUAUACAAGGAAAACUGCCCCACCACAACACUCGCAUUCAGUUGCCUGAAGCACAGAAACUGGCCCCCUUUUAUGAUGAGCAAGAGAGUGGCGACGAUGAAGGUGAUGUCAUCACCCGUGCCACCCUGAAGCACCAGUCGCAACUGAUCAUUGAUGCAAAAACCAAGAGGAAGACUCGCAUCAAAAAGAGGAAGGGCAAACUCUGAUUUGAUCCAGUCGCUGAUCUGACAGCAGUGAGAAACAUGACCAGAUAUACCCACUGCAUUUCCUGGAAGCUUUAUCUCAAUUCUAAAAGUAAUCUGUUAGCAAAUUUGUGCUGGUGAAAAUAAAUGAAUUAUUGAGUUGUACUGCAAUAAAAGUAUUAGC